AAAGCUUCACGGUUACAAAAACUGUUCUCAUCCAUUGUGAUGCUGCUACUGCUCUAUCGGGUUCACAUGGUUUCCGCCUCUAAAACCUUUACCUUUUGAUUAGGGUUUUACAAUUUCUCAUCUAAAGAAGAAGAAGAAGAAGAAGAAGAAGAAGAAGAAGUAGCGAUGAUUCGUUUCUUGUCUCGAGCAGCGACCACCGUUGCCCGAUCAGCCUGGUUGAAACCCAUUUCCAAUGGACCCUCCUUCUUUAUUCCGCCAGCAACAUCACCGUUGAGAUUCUUUCAUGAGGAAAGCAACGGUCCAAAUGCAAGCCCAGUUGCUCUUCAGAUGAUCGACUACGCUCUCUCUCUUGCCAAAUCUCAGAAAACAGAUGAAUCGUUCGCGCAAGCUAUGUUAGUACUAGAGCAGUGCCUUUCUUCUCAGUCAAGCGAAGGCCAAGAUAUUGUGACCCAAAAUUCAAAGGGGAUGGUCCUACUCGCUAUGUCUAACUUAUUAUUUGGAAGAGAAAAUUAUGAUGAGGCAAUGGAGAAGCUCCAGAAAAUACAAGAUUUAGCGCACUCUUCUUUGGGUGUUAAAGUUGCUGCCAUGGAAGCCCUUGUUGGACUCAAUUUGGAGUUGGGGCAUGAUGAUACUUCAUCAGUGCUCGCAGAUAAAUGCUUAGAACUGUUGGGCAAAGAUGAACGAAAAAGGACUGUUGGGGAAUAUGUGGUUGCAGAUGCUCGUGCUAAGGCAGUUAAAGGACUAGUUGAGCUUGUUUGUGGCAAUCUUGGAUCAGCUGAGUCAUUAUUCCAAGGAUUUCAGGACAGUGAGGGUUAUGUUGGAAAUGCUGCGUUAUCAUAUGGAGAGUUCUUACAUGCCACAAGGAACCUCUCAUUGGCAAAGGAUGUGUAUCAGAAAGUUAUUAAUGAGGUGGCUGAAAACAAAGACUUCUCUGGCAUGCAUGCCUUAGCAGCUUGUAAUAUGGCUUCAGAGGAAGUUCUGUUAGCAGCCAUCUGUGCCUUGGGGCAGCUUGAGGCACAUAUGGGGAAAUUUAGUGAUGCAGAAGAGACAUUGACAAAGGCAUUGAAUAAAGCAGAGCAACUUUUUGGGUCUCGGCAUCCCAAGGUUGGUGUAGUUUUAACAUGCCUGGCUCUCAUGUUUCGGCAAAAAGCAGUACAAGAGCAUUCAACUUCUCUUUUAAUACAAGAGGGACUUUAUAGGAGGACAAUGGAUUUGCUGAAAGCCCCUCCGCUGGAAUCUGAAGGCAAUGCAACAAUGGGGAGUUCAAAUAGAAGGGAUAUUCUUGCCCUUGCAAGAGGUGGAUAUGCACAAGCACUUUGUGUUCAACAGAAUAGGGAGAAAGAAGGAGAAAGGAUGAAAAGGUGGGCAGAGGCGGCAUGGAAAAACAGCCGUUUUUCACUAACUGAGGUGCUGAAAACUUCAGAAUCCUCCAACAAAUUGCCAGUUAUAGAUGCUCGAAUUGGUAGGAUCAUGUAGUCUGUCCUUUGGAGGGGCACUAGCAGUUCAAUGUCGAUUAGAGUACAUCAGAAGGACAUGCAGAAUUUAAUCGGAUGAAUGCAUCUCGUAUUUGCAACAGAGGCAAAAACACAAAAUUUCAAGUUGUACACCACAGAGCUAUGUGUGGACUGCACUGGAGGCAUGAAUGCAUCUCCUCUGUGAUGUUGUGCUACUCUUUCCGGUGUUGUAUUAUCGACUUGAGAAAUACAUGCUAAGUUGUAGAUUAUCUAACUGUUUGUUGCUCACUGCCUUGCAAAUAAAUUAUCUGGGUCAGAAGCCUAGAGGAUUGUAGAGUUGGCAAUAAUGCAAAAUUUUAUAUAUUUGUAUAAAGACUGUGGGAGAGAUAACAAUGUUUGUUUUGAUGAUGGAAGGUUUAA